CCGCACGGUUCGGUCCACAUCUCAGCUUAUAAAAAAAGUUUAUUUGUCACAUAAACAAUAGUCUUUCUAAACAACAACCCCGUAUUUACCAUCGAUCCACUCACAUUAAUUUUUUUUUCACAAUAAUAAUUAGUGUUAUUAUUAUUAUCACACUUGACAAUAGUGAGAAAAAAAAAUGGUGGUAAAAUAAAUAAAAAGUAACUUUUUGAAAAUUACAGUGUGUGUUGUGUUUCAAGUGUAUUUGUUAAUUAUUUUUAAAAAAAUUAAUGAAUUACAAGAAUAAAACUAACGAGUGACUAUUUCGAGUGAUUUUUGUGAAUUUUUUAAUUAUUUUUAUUUGUGAUAGUGAUUUGAAUUUUUUAUUUUAUUUCUAAUCAAAGUAUAGAGUUGACUUUGCGGAAAACUCGUAAAGGCAGAGCGAUGAAUGGGUCCCGUGGGUCUGGAUGAUAAUUUGAGAAGCUUCCAGCGGCUACAAAGCUAGACGCUAGACCAAAUACCACCAGCUAGUAUCCAACCAUGUCUGAACUACUUCUUGUGUUCCUCAUAUUUGGCCUCCAGCUGGCAGCUGCUUACGCAGAUAAUUUAGGGUUAUUAUCAGGUACUUUGAAGAUGUACCAACGAGCUGCAUGCGACGAGGAAACAAUGUCUCUGCGCUGCCCGCCUGGUACUUCAAUCUCAAUUACCUUUGCGCGUUACGGCAGAGUCAACGACGCCACGGGAAAAUGCGCCUCUGAUAAAUUCCACCCUUCUUAUGACUCGAGUGGUUCUAGUACAUCAGUUAAUGAGACAUGUCUCCUCACCCGCGCCCUCCAGUAUUCACUGUUGCAGACUGUCGUGGAAAUUUGCCAGAAGAAGAGGAACUGCAAAUUCAAUACAAACCCGAAAAAUUUUCAGUACGAUCCGUGUCCGCAGUUGCCAAAAUAUACUGAGGUCGCUUACAAAUGUCGUCCGUAUGAAUUUCGGAGCAAAAUAUCAUGCGAACACGACGCAGUUAAUUUAGUAUGCUAUCCGGGUAAACGUGUAGCUAUUCUGAGUGCAUCCUUCGGAAGAACUGAGUACGAAUCCUUACAGUGUCCUCAACCGCACGGAGUCAAAGAAGAAACAUGCACAACGCCACACGCAACGGAAAUAGUAAUUCAAUUGUGUCAUGGAAAAAGAAAGUGCUCAGUAACCGCAAAUGGAACCACAUUUGGCGACUUGUGUAAACCAGACACUCGACCAUAUUUGAAAAUAAUUUAUACAUGUGUGCCCCGAGGCGUGUUAAGAGAGCAAUUUGUCGGCGACAUUGAGCCGGAUGAAGUGGAUCUUGUACCGGAGUUUGACGAAGGCUUCGACCGAACGGACUUCAAAACGGAAUUUAGUCCAAGUCCAAAUUUAGAAAAUCCUGAACCGCCGCCCAGAACCAAUGAAACUCUUGAUGCGACAACUGUUGACUCAACUUUACCUCGGGCACGGACUAAUAAUGAUCUUGCAGAAGAGGAUCUUGUGAUGGUCGGCUAUCUCAAUGAAUGGAUUAAUGCAUACUCAUUUAUCACAAGAAAUCAAGAAAAGUUCUACCUCUACAUAACAAUUUCGGUGGCGGGUGGGGUGAUGCUUUUCCUAGGUCUUGUUAUCGGGCGACUACUAAUUAGUCGGCAUCGAGCUAAACGGGAGACUAAAUUCCAGGAGAAUAACGAAACUUUGCCGAAUGGAUUUACUGAUGAAAUUUCCGAGAUUGAUGCGGAUAUCGAUCUGUCAACCCCCGUUCCAGUUCCGAUGCCCGAGACAAGAAUACCAGAAACGCAACUUUCAGAACGACUACAUUGUUCAGGUACAGAUUGUUAUUAUACCGACCCGCGAAUGCCGAUGCCUUCGAUGAUAGUCAGCGGGGGAAUGGUACCAAUGCAUCACCAAAUGUCAAUCCAUCAUCCCGGAGUUCGUGUCGAUCUCGGUAAUCACAUGAUCGGCGCUGACAGCCUUCACACAAUUUUAUCAACCGAAAACUUGCGAAAUAUACCGACGAACAAGAGCUACUAUUACGGCUGACAAGAAGACGGGGAUGUUCCUCUCCAGCAUCAGGGACAUCCCCUCUCUCUUAGCCACGUCCACCAAGUCAGCACCCGAAAGUAUUGUUUUUAAAUAGUAAAUAAUUUAUUAAUUAAUUAAUUAAAUAAAAUUAAUACAUACACUGUAAAAAAUUACGGGGUGAGUGGAGUCGACUUUUUAUUUAUUUAAUUCCCUCGGAGUUCAUUUUACUCCGAAGGGAAGUUUCGGAAAAUAUUAAUUAUAAAAAAAAUUACUAAUACAUAGUGAGCUCAGGUCUUUGAUAUUUUGACAUUUAUAUCGAGUACGGAAAUAAUUACGAGUUUCCUAUCCAUAUAUUCACGCGAAAUUAUUUUUAAAAAUUAUAAGCAGCUGAUAAUAAAACUUUAAUAAAUAUAAUUCCACUGAGUCACAAACUGUCUUAUGACUUACAUCAACUAUACCACGAGAUAACAUUUCAUAUUGUACCGAAAUAUAAAAUAUUCCCAUAAAAACUAUGUCACUAUAGCUAUUCAAUAAUUUAAUAUUUUCACUAUGUAUUAUAUAUAUGAAAUUAUAAUUUAGUGAGUUACUAAAACAUUUUAUAAAUUAAAAACAUAAUAUUUUAAGUUUAAUUAUUAAUAUCUGAACGAAUUAUUUAUUGAAAUAAUUAUGUUUCUAAUUAACAGCUGUUUCUAUUAAAUAAAAAUUUAUUCAAGUAUUAAAACUCCGGACCGAAGUGAAUUCAGAUUGAAAUAAAAUCCGUAUUCACCCCCGAUUUUUUACAGUGUAGUACAUAAUUAACAUCUAAUAAAGUAAAAAAAAAAUACUUUUAUUUUUAUCUCAAAAGCCACAAGAGCACCUGGUUAUGCGACAGUGUAAAUAUAUGCAAGUAUGCGUGCCUGAUUUACGUGAGAUUUAAAUUUAAAAAAAUAAUAAUAAUAAUAAUAAUGUGUAUAGAAAUAUUGUAAUUUGCAUUGUUAUGUAUAUCAAUGUGUUGUCUAUUGCUACUUGAAGUUAAUUUUAUUGUAAUAUGACCGGCAAUAUUUAUAAUUUAUAAAUAUAUGUAAAUAUUGUCACUCAUAACACACACAGACACAUCUAUCACACAAUCAUGUUAUGUAUGUUAUCGAGAUACGAUGGAUUAAUCAGGGUAGUUGCUAUAAAAAAAAAAAAUAAAUAAAUAAAAAAAAAUCGUAUCGAUCUAUAUGACUGUACAUUUACUGCCAGAAAUAUUUUUUUUUUUUUUAACUUUAAAAAAACGUUUGUACAGAAAGGGCUACUUAAAAUGUAAAUGUGAGAUUGUAAAUAAUAAUAAUUAUUAUUAUAAUUAUCAAAUAAAAAUUAUAAAGCUAAUUGUAUAACGGAGUAUGCGAAGAAAAAAAAACUGACUAUAAAUUGAUAAUUAUAUUUAUGGAUUCGAUUAGUUUAUAUUUUUUGAGAUGUACGAUCUAAGCUUUCUUAUACUUAUGACUGAGAAAAAAUAAAUUUUUAAUUUUAAUAUUAAAGUAUGAUGGGAAUUUGUAGUCGAUAGGUCUUUAGCCUGUCGGGUGUGUCCGGAAAAUAAUAUUUUUUGGCACCUGCGCAGAAGUUAAUUCCUGACCUGUUUUGUCAUUCGAGGUUAAAUUUUUUUUGCUAAUGAGGGAAAGUAUGCAAAUUAAAUUUACGUAUGGAUCAAAACUUGGAUGAACGAUAGUAAAAUUUUUAAUUUUUCGGGUGCAAAUUUGGAAAAAGUGCCAGUCAAUCCACGUGUUCUGAUCCCGCCUUCGGCUCGGAAAAUUUUACGCGUAGGUCAGAAGGUUAUAAUUUUUUCCGUUGGUGUGCAAUGGCUCUGGUAGCAAUUUUGAGAAAUGUUUUAUGUAUAAAUGAAGUUUUUGGAGCGAUUUGCUCCAAAUUUUAUCAAAAUUCUUACCAGGGUAUUAAUUAAGAGAUCAAAAUUAAUUCCACAGGCCGGAAAGGAAGUGGAAAAAUUAUGUUUUCAAUGCAAAAAUUGAACUCUUGUAUAAUAAACUUCAAGUAUUUUAUAGUUUGCGCUGCCAUUCACGGAAAAAAAUAAUCAGUAGUAUCUACCGAUGGACAAUGGGUAGCAGCUACCGACUAUUUUUCCGUGGCUGCUACCGAAAUAAUCGGUAGCAGCUACUGAAAAUUAAUUGGUUGCAGCCACCGAUUAUUUUGAUACCCGAUAUCGGUAAUUACGAUUGUAGACGCCAUCUUUUACAGUUUCUAAUGUACAAGAAAAUCUAUUUACUAUUAAGAACUAAAAAAAAGUCUUGUAUGUAACUAUAAUGUCUCAAAAAUAAUAUCAUUGUUACAUUUUUCCAGUAGAGGGGCUUUGUUGAGAUUUAAAACUGUAAUUGUCCCACUAUAUUUUUUCCGUGGUUUCUUUAAAAAAUCGGUACUUGAAAAUAUUUUUUCAUAAUUAUUUUGAAUGAUAUAUUAUUUGUACAAUUGUAGUAGUGACUGAUUCAAUUUCACAAUUCCAAAUUUAACGAAUUUAUAACUUAUCGUUUU